GAAGAGGGCAAGGGAAAGCACUGAACUGCGUCAACAAAUGUUUUAAGAUACAUUCGGAUAUCAGCUGCUGUUCAACAUGGCAUCUGGCCACUGCUGAGUUAUUUAUGGCACUGUUCCUGGGCGGGACUUUAUUAAGCAACAACAUGGAUACAUCAAACUUUGCCCAUGUCAUCUUCCAGAAUGUGGGCAAGAGCUACAUGCCCCAUGCUGCACUGGAGUGUCACUUUACCCUGUCGCAGUUCAUCAAACCAAAUCCGAAGGACUGGGUUGGCAUAUUCAAGGUUGGUUGGAGCACAGCGAGGGACUAUUACACAUUCUUGUGGUCGCCUCUCCCUGAGAACUAUGUGGAAGGCACCGCAGUCAACCGAAUAGUGGUGUUUCAGGGAUAUUAUGUGCCCAAUGACGAUGCCGAGUUCUACCAGUUCUGUUAUGUGACACACAAAGGGGAGAUCAGAGGAGCCAGCACGCCAUUCCAGUUUCGUGCCAACAGCCCUUCAGAGGAUGAGCUGCUGACUGUGGAGGAUGAAUGCAACUCUGACAUCCUGGUGGUCACCACCAAGGCCUGCUACCUUGAGCAAAAGAUGGAGGAAGCCCAGAGAGAGAAAGAGGAGCUGGUCAAAAGCAUGGCCCUCCUCCAGCAAGAGAAGGAGCAGCUGGAAGCUGAGAAAACGAUCCUGCAGAAGGAGUGUGAGCAGGAGAAAGAAUCCUAUGCCCAGCUGAGAAGAGAGAGCCAAGAGGUGCAGAAUUCUUCCCAGGCCCUGCAAGAGGAGAAAGUGGAGGUAAAGAGGAGGCUGGAGGAGGCAACAGCCAGAGUUAUACAGUUAGAGGAGGAUCUGAUUGGAGUCACCCAGAAGGGCCUACAAAAGGAAACCGAGCUGGACAGUCUCAAGGAUAGAGUGAAGAAACUUACAGCAGAGAAGGAGUCACUUGAAUCUCAUCUCAAGAACGAGAAAGAUGAGAAGGAACUCUACAAGAUUCACCUGAAAAACCGGGAGCUGGAGAACACCAAGCUGAGUGCAGAGCUGCAGAUGCUGAAGUCUGUGGAUGUGAACAAGGAAAACACAAUUGCCCAGUUUAAAGAUGAGGUGGGACGCCUGCAGACGUGCCUCACUGAGAAGGAGAAACAGUACAGAGAGAUCCUGGCCAAAGUUUCGCCCCUGGGGGAUAUGAAGAACCUGAAGGAGCAGCUGCGGCAGAAGGAAGAGCAGCUCCAGGCCAACCAGCAGCAGUCCUCCUUGUUAGCCGCCGAGUUGAGGGACGCCUCCAGCACACGUGACCGUAUAAUGUCUGAACUCUACCACAUGAAACUGGAGGCCGAUGCUCUUCGCCAGGCCAAGGCUGAAGCUCAGGCCCAGUGCGGCCGCCUGGAGCGCCUGGUCGAGCAGAUGAAGGCCGAGGCCAAGAAGGAAGCGGCCAAAGCAGAGGAAGAAGCCGCUGCAGACCCGGCGGUUUUAGCAGAGCUGCAGAGAGAGGUGGAGGACCUGAAGCUGCGCCUGCACAUGGCUGCAGAACACUACAAGGAGAAAUACAAGGAAUGUCAGCGACUGCAAAAACAAGUGCUUAGACUCUCAGAUCAGCAAGGGGAUCUGAAGAGAUGCUCGGCACAAGAGGCCUCAACGAUCCCUGCAUCAGUGAGUCCAGACACGUCAGUGCCAGGGAGUCCAGGUUCUGCUGAUCCCAUGCUGGAAGCCAUCUUCCAAGAGAAGCUCAAAGGCAUCAGCAGAGAGGCGACCGACAGGAAUGACAAGUACAGGAAAUGCAAGCAGCUGCUGGUGGAGGAGAAGGAGCGUAGCUGCAUGUUUGCUGAUGAGCUGGCCAAGAUGGAGGUGAAAUUUAAGGCACAACUGAAGACGAAUGAGAACAUGAAACUGCAGUUGGCAGCAGAGGAAGAUCGCUACAAGAGCCAGGUAGCUGAGAAGGGACGGGAGCUGAAGGAACUUAAGGACACACUAGCACUUGUUGUGAAGGAGAAGGAAAAAGUGGAGGGGGAGCUCCAGAAGGGCAGCAGCAGGAAGGGAGAUCAGGGGGCCAGUGAGAAAACCAGUUUGGAGAGUAUCCAGUCCAAUGUGCCUUUAUUCCUGCAGUACCCUGUCCCUUACACCCAGGAUGCCCCCACCCCCCUGCUGGUCUCCCAGAGCCCCAAUGAGGGAGAUGAGGAGUUCUCAGCUGACCAGCUUCUUAGGCUGCCCCCUGUGGGCCCACCCUCCUGGGACAGCAAUGUGGUGUGUAUCCAACCCACCCGCAACCACAGCCGGCCAGAAGGCCACGAGGAGUCCGAGGAAAAGCAAAACAACAACAAUGGUAAUACCAACGAACAGCCCGCAGCCACUGAAACUCAAAGCCCAUUUGUGACCGACGGACAAACUGCCUUCUGCUUUGAACCCAGCAUGGACAUGAAGCGGUGUCCGCUGUGUGAGGUCAUCUUCCCACCCAACUAUGACCAGAGCAAGUUUGAGGAGCACGUGGAGAGCCACUGGAAAAUCUGCCCCAUGUGCAGCGAGCAGUUCCCGCUGGACUGCGACCAGAAGGUGUUUGAGAAUCACGUGCGCACUCACUUUGACGGCCACACGCUCGACUUUGACUAGAGAAAGAGAAAACCCCCCCACAUCCGGUCUGCCUACUUCCUGUCGCCACUGAAAUAAAUCUGCCCUCUUUUCUGCAUGUAAUGGUGUGAGGAUCCAAUCUUUAGGACUAUACAGACUUUCGCUUUGUUACUUCAACUUAGAGAAAAACUUGGAAGUGAUGUGGCAUUUAAAAAAGUGACAUUCUAGUUCAUUGUAUAUGGCAGGGCUACAGAGGCAAACUCUUUUUUUUAAUAGGUGAAAGAUUUCCCUUCAUUUGGAUUUGAAGAAUAAUUAUAACAUGUGUGUGUGUGUAUAUAGAUAUAUAUAUCUAUAUACUUAAAAUUGACUCACACAAAUCUGUCAGAAUCAGGGAAAGAGAUAAGUGUUUACCAAACUUGCAUUUAAAAUUAUCCGACCAAAUGGUUCCCCCCCGUAAACAUCACUGUACAAGUCAUUUGCUCAUUCUUUAUAGAAAGCAGCCUGAGUGCACUAUAUGCAGCCAGGGAGAAAUAUUCAGUGAUUACAUUCAGACGUGAUGAUACAGUAUAUUAUCAGAUCAUCUAUUUUAGAAUAAUUAAAAGCCAAUGAUAUUGUGAAAGCCUUGAUGCUUUGUGUGUGAUGUAGAUAUGUUUUAUGUUAGGUUUCCUUUGUUUUGAGUUUGAAUUGUUCUUUGGGUUUUUGCGUCAGAAGAAUCUUCAUAUCAUCAGCUGAUCAGUGCAUGCUGAGCUUUUGUUAAACUUCCUUCUUUCUUCUCUUUUACAGUAAUAAGUUAUUUUAUCCAUAGAAAUGUUUAAUUUGUUCAGUGAGUUUCAUGUAUCUAAUAAGAACCAAUAAAGUCUGUUUGAAUCUGAA